AUGGCAGAUAACACAAGGAAUCAGACUCAGAUUCGCGACGCUGAGGAUCGUCUCAAUACGCGGAUGGAAGAGCCUUUCAUGGAGCUUGGUUCUUCUCUGCAACAAAAUCUUGCAGCAAUGUUUCAGCGACAUGAACAAUCUUGUGCCACUGGUUCUGGUAAUUCUCCUCGUCCAUAUUCUUGUCAUACUCGUUUGGCACGAUUGGAUUUCCCUCGUUUUAAUGGUGAUAAUGGUGCCUAUGUGAAAAGUAUAGGGUUAGAGAAAUUUCCUUCGUGGGAGCACUAUAUUCAAAUCUUGAUAAAUCGGUUUGGUGCGGUAUGUGAUGAUCCAAUGGCUGACCUCAUGAAGCUUAGGCAGAAAGGAAAUGUGACUACGUACCAUGAGGAUUUUGAUGCUAUUGUUGCUCGACUGGAUUUGCCAGAAGCCCAUCAACUAAGUUGCUUUUUAGGAGGAUUGAAGAUGGAGGUACAGAUGAUGGUGAGAAUGUUUCAGCCCACCACUGUCAUGAAAGCUUUUUCCUUGGCCAAGAUGUAUGAAUCUGCCAAUAACACUAUUUCCCAGUCUAAAACCUUUUCCAAGAUCCCCACACCAUCCACAGUAUCCAAACCGCCCUUGUUACCUAACCCUCCCAAAACACCGGCCACCAAAAGUUUAACACCAGCCUAUAUGAGUGAGAGGAGAGCCAAGGGCCUAUGCUACUUUUGUGAUGAGCCAUUCACCCCUGCCCAUAGCCUAACCCACAAAAAGUUACAAAUCCAUGUUCUCGAGAUGGAGGAUACCACUGAUUCUGAUGAAGACACUCCACCAGAUACAGAACCGAGGGAAAGCAAUCAUGUGGAACCCUUGAUUUCAGUUAAUGCCUUGACUGGAGUUACUAGUUACAGAACUAUGAGAGUCACUGGUCAGUUUAAAAAGAAGCCUCUUCAUAUCCUCAUUGACAGUGGUAGCACUCAUAACUUCUUGGAUAUUCACAUGGCUAAGAAGCUAGGGUGUAAGAUUGAUAGCAUGGACCCCCUACAUGUCACUGUCGCUGAUGGUACUCGGGUACAAAUCAACAGCAUGGUUAAAAAGUUUUCUUGGCUCCUACAAAAUGCUUCUUUCAGAUCUGACAUAAUGUUGUUACCUUUGGGUUGUUGUGACAUGGUACUUGGCAUAGAGUGGUUAAUUACAUUAGGGGACAUCACUUGGAAUUUUGAGAAAUUAACAAUGGAAUUUGUUUUGCAUGGCAGGAGGCAUGUACUGGGAGGUGCUUCAUUUACAGGACUUAAGACAAUCCAGAAGCAGCAAUUGCAAAAAACCCUAUCUGCGAGAGUCCACAUAUCCAUGCUGCAAUUGUGUGACAGGGAGGAAGGAUUAUUGCUACAUUCCUUAUCCACUCAUGCUGAUUCCAUUUCUAUUCCUGACAGCAUUGACAAGUUGUUGCUGGAUUUUGAAGAUGUAUUCCAAGUACCAACUAAUCUUUCACCUAAGAGAGCAGAACAUGAUCAUAGAAUUCCAUUGAUUCAAGGCACAAACCCUGUGAAUAAAAGCCCUACAGAUUACAGAGAAUUGAAUAAAGAGACAGUGAAGAACCGGUUUCCUAUUCCUCUUGUAGAUGACCUAUUAGAUGAGUUGUAUGGUUCUAGAAUCUUUUCUAAGAUUGACCUUCGCUCUGGCUAUAACCAAGUUAGAAUGGCUAAUGAAGAUCGCCAUGGCGUGGCAGAAAUGACAGAUGUCGUUACGAAGAUGGCGUGGCAUGGCGGAAUGAUGUGGCGGCGCCAUGACGGCCGUUACAUGCAUGGUAGUAAUGGCCGGCCAUGGCAGAAAUCGUGA